AUGCGGAGCCAGGCGCAAAAUAUCCGGGUAUUGUGCCACUUUGGUCCCAACAUCCGACGAAAUCAACGCCUCAAUCGAGCAACACGCGCUCAGUUGAAGACGCUGCGGACUGUGUUCCAGCAGCGUCCAGCUUUCCUUCGAACUUGCUUGCGGUGUUUAGCGAGUGCCGCGUGCGCUACAGGCAACGUAGCCAUUCUGGACUGGGUGAACCAGUUUGGACUCGAGCUGCCUUCGUUAGCGCCCGCCCGUAAUGCUGUCAGAAUCGGCGAUUUGAAGUUGUUGCAGUGGCUCUGGGAGAAUGGAUUCGAGGCUACGGAUCCGAUGCUGCUGAAGCUCGCAAUGGAGUACUCGCAUCUGGACGUCGUUCAUUGGCUAGUAGAACGCGGGUAUGAGGUGAACUCGCUUGACCUGAUCAAGUUUGCUGAGAAUGCAUCGGUAUUGCGGUUCUUGGUGGAGCACGGGCCGCCACUUGACUUGGCAACCGCGAAGGACCUUGUUUUAGAGAACCGGAACAUCGAGAUUGCUUGGUGGGUACCUGAGAACGUGCGGAAACUGCUUGUGCUUGAUGCGCUGCAGGACGAAGAUGGAGAAGUUUUGUGGUGGAUUUUGGCGCAUACGAAGUUUCAAGACGAAGGCGUUCAAAACAGUAUCCGUGAUGCCAUCCAGUGCGCUUCGAAGGAUACAAAGCAGUGGCUUCAGGCGAAUUUGAGGAAUGUGGAGGCCUGCUGUUGGUGUUUUCCGACAUCAAACAAGAGGCGGACGGCUCAAUAA